CUAGGGAGCCCCGAGCUGCAGCGGGCCGCUGCCCGGCCGAGCGGAGAGGAGCGCGGCCCCCAGAGGUUGCUGCCCGCCAGUGGACUCCAUGGAAAGCCCUGAGAAGGAGGCCCACAUUCUGGAAGCAGAGAAAAUGUGCAUCAACCCCCAGCCUAGCGCAUCUAGCACUGCACUCCUGGAGGAGGGCACGUGGCAUGCCUGGAUGUCCCUGUCCUGGCGGUGGCAUGGCGGGCCAGAGGCUCCUCUUCUUCACUGCUCUUGCCCUAGAGCUCCUGGGAGGGGCUGGGGCUUCCCAGCCGGCCCUCUGGAGCCGGGGGCCUGCAGCUGCCUGUCGCCUGGACAACAAGGAAAGCGAAUCCUGGGGGGCCUUGCUGAGCGGGGAGAGGCUGGACACCUGGAUCUGCUCCCUCCUGGGCUCCCUCAUGGUGGGGCUCAGUGGGGUCUUCCCACUGCUGGUGAUUCCCUUGGAGAUGGGGACGAUGCUGCGCUCAGAAGCUGGGGCCCGCCGCCUGAAGCAGCUGCUCAGCUUUGCCUUGGGGGGACUUUUGGGCAAUGUAUUUCUCCACCUGCUGCCCGAGGCAUGGGCCUACACAUGCAGUGCCAGCCCUGUGCUGCCCCCUGCAGGUGGUGAGGGCCAGAGCCUGCAGCAGCAACAGCAGCUGGGACUGUGGGUCAUUGCUGGCUUCCUGACCUUUCUGGCAUUGGAGAAGAUGUUCCUGGACAGCAAGGAGAAGGAGGGGACCAGCCAGGCCCCCAGCAAAGACCCCGCUGCUGCUGCCGUGCUCAGUGGAGGCCACUCUCUGGCCCAGCCGGCUGCAGAGCCCGGCGUGAGUGCCGUGGUCCGGACCAUCAAAGUCAGUGGCUAUCUCAACCUGCUGGCCAACACCAUAGACAACUUCACUCACGGGCUGGCUGUAGCUGCCAGCUUCCUUGUGAGCAAGAAGAUUGGGCUCCUGACCACCAUGGCCAUCCUUCUGCACGAGAUCCCCCAUGAGGUGGGCGACUUUGCCAUCCUGCUCCGGGCCGGCUUUGACCGAUGGAGCGCAGCCAAGCUGCAGCUCUCGACGGCACUGGGGGGCCUGCUGGGCGCCUGCUUCGCCAUCUGUACGCAGUCCCCCAAGGGAAAGAGACUGUGGCCUGGAUCCUGCCCUUCACCUCUGGCGGCUUUCUCUACAUCGCCCUGGUGAACGUGCUGCCUGACCUCUUGGAGGAAGAUGACCCGUGGCGCUCCCUGCAGCAGGUGCUGCUGUUGUGCACGGGCAUCGUGGUGAUGGUGCUCUUCUCACUUUUCGUGGAGUGACCAUCCCUGCCACCCCCCACACAGCAAUAAGAGACUCGGAUUCACUCUGUGACCGUGUGUGAGGCAGAGGACGAGUGCCUGAGCGCACCUCUGACCAGAUCAGAGGGUGGUUUGCGUGCAUGCGUGUCUGUGACCGUGACCAGAGAUGUAUGUGAGACCGACACUGUGAUAGCACGCUGGGCCCGGGGCCUGAUCCUGGCGCCUGCCCCCAGCCGCGCUGUGGUCCUGUUACCCCGUCAGCCCGCACUUCCCCCAGUGAGCAGUGAGGAAUAGCAGCCCUGGUCCCAGGUGGAGGCCUCUCUCGGCCAAGAAAGACCAUAGGGGGAGUGAGAACAGCCCCAGGAGCCCAGGGCUUCGGGGAGCCCAAAGCUAUCUCCCUCUGGAGCACUGGGGUUCCCGGCCUUCUACUUAGGCUCCGAGCCCUGGCAGCCUGAGGGCUGAGGGUGGGAAGCCUCUCUGCUGUGUCCCUUGUCCGGGCCCUUCCUUUGCCAGUUCUAAGGCCAAAGAAAGGAGAGGCAGGUGCUCGUGUAGCCCCUCGCCCCACUCAGCACUGACGGUCCUCCCAGCCUGGGAUGGAGCUGGGAGAUGCUUUCCAAGACCUUUUCCUUGUGGCUGCCAGCCCUGGGCCAGCUCCUGUUCCCCUAGUAAAUGCUCCCUGGCAGCGCCAGCAGCUUUCACCACCUCCAGCUGCCAAACAGCAGCCUGCAGGGCAGUAAGCAGCCCUGAGCCACACAGGCCUCCUGGUUCAGCCCAGGGACUCUGGUGCCAGACCAGGGUGCAGAUAGAGAUACCCCAGGGGCAGGAAGAGUGGGCCAUAGCCGCCCCUCCCUGUCCAGGCCCUUUUCCCUGUCCCACUGCGGCUGAGGGUAGAUUGGGGGAGGCGAGGGCUCUGCCUUGUCAGCACUCAGGAAUGUGCUCUGGGAGAAUGCUGAAGCCAUAAUCCCCAGCUAUUUCCCUUGGCGGACACCCAGGUACUCAGCUGGCUCACUCCACAGCCAGGCUCAGCCCUGCUGCUCAACCAUGGACGUUCUGAGAAGCGGCCAUCAAGAGGGUCUGAAUGGGUUUACAGCAGUUUUGCUGUGGGUCCGUUUCUAUCUGUAAAUAUCUAUUCUAUAGACAAUGCAAAUAAAUAUUAUAUACAAA